UCGGGCAUAGCCAAUCGCAACUACUGGCGCGGCAAGGUGCUACAGCCGGCCCGACCGGUUCGCUGACCUCACAGCCGAGGUCGCCGAGGAAACAGCCAUGAGUAUAUCCUCCAAUAGACGUACAAUAUUGCUAACUCGGGCAAAGUCUCGGGAUAUCGGCCGUACGAACGCGUAGAUGUAUCUCCCCCAAUGUCAACACGUAUAUUCUGGGUAGGGGCUGGUACCAGUGCGCAAGGUUGUGUCCAGGCUGUCAAUUGCGCCCAUUCAACGAUUGUAUCAAAGAAGCAGUAUCUGAAAAGCAAACAAUUGCCAUCAUUGAUCUACCAUGUUUGGGCUAGGGGUUGCAGGGUUCUUAUCUGUAUUUUGGGGGGAUGCGACAUGGUCUAUGAGGGUGUUAGCUCCGCGGAGAAGAUACUGCUCCGUUGUGUGAAGAAGAAGACAGGAGAAUACCUUGUUAGAGGUAUUUAUCCUAUUCCUAUCUCAUUUCGAUGCGAUCAGCAUUCUUAGGUUAAGUACCAAUGCCGCGCAGUGAUAAGUGCAUAGAUAAAUCCAUUACAUUAUCCGAUGCGUACAGUAGAAUGCAAGAUAGCUUACACAUC